AUGGGUAUCGCUGUGGGGACAUUCAUCAUCGAAAACGCCUCGUUCGUUGCGGCACAAGUUGACACCAUAUUCAGCGCGUGGUCUGUGGAAGGACUAAGGCGCAUGAUAUCAUGGCUUAUGGGAUGGCCAGGAGGCUUGAAGCUCAAUACGGAGCUGGCUGCCUUCUUAGGCGACUUGUUUCUCUGGGUCAUUGAUUACUGGGCUAACUGCAUAUCCCUCCUGCGACCACAUCUGCCCGCCCUCAUCCAGGUCAUCGGCUAUUCAGCUUUUGCUGGGGCCACUAUGCCAAUCUCGAUAUUCUCGGACCUUGUUUCGAUACUCACGCUGCACAUCUACUCAUUCUACGUUGCCUCGGCGCGGAUUUUCCAUUGGCAACUCGAGAUUAUCAUCUCCCUAUUCCACCUAUUUCGCGGCAAAAAGCGCAACGUUCUCCGCAACCGAAUCGACUCAUGCGACUACGACUUGGAUCAGCUACUACUCGGCACGAUUCUCUUUACUCUGCAGUUCUUCCUAUUACCGACCGUGUUUGUCUUCUACUUGACAUUUGCGAGUGCGCGUAUCGCUGUUAUUGGGCUCAAGGCGGCAUUAGAGAUGGGACUUGCAUGUCUCAACCACUUCCCAUUAUUCGCAGUCAUGCUACGGCUUAAGGAUCCGGGGCGAUUGCCUGGAGGCAUCUAUUUCGAGAUACAGGAUACGACUGGCCUCCCGUCCGACAAGUCAGGCGUGCCAGCUUCCACGCCAACAGCCUAUGUGCUGCUCAAGGCCAUGGCAUGUACCAAAUGGGUAUGCCACAAUGCCGGUCAGGAGAGGUAUCCUGAACGGUAA